AACCGCGGGUCCGCAGCACCCCUGCGCCUCUGCCGCAUCCCGGGCCACCGCAAGCGCCCGCCCACAGCAUCCCGGCCGGCCCGGGGCGCUGUCCGUGGUGCUGCGCAGAGCCAGCUCCUCCCUCCGGCUCCCGGGCACAGCGGCGUCACGCAGCCCGGCCCUCGCUCCCUCUCCUCCCGCUCCCGCUCUCUCGCUGCACGCUCUCCCCACCCCGCUCUCCGGGAGACGGGGAGAGAGAGAGAGUGAGAGAAAGAGGGAGAGACACGCUCAAGCCUGACGCCUCUGAAAAGGCAGCGGCAGUCGCCUUGUCCCUAGACCCUCAGGAAAUCCGCCUUCACCGAGGCACGCUUCGGGCUCCGGCGGGAGCUAAGGGGGAAACCGGGCAGAUUUCCUUAUAAAAAGGCAAAAUCAAAAUGCAUCGUCAACUCACAACCAAUUGAUGUGCUGGCCUCUUAGCUUGGCCUUGCAGAGGCGGAGAAAAGAAGAGUAGCUGUUGUGAUUUGGACAUCUAACAGCUUCUGGCUAUUUGACAACUUCUAGGUUUGAGCCCUCUCGUUGGGGAGGUAAAAAAGAGAAGUGAACUCCAGCCAGUGAGGCCAAGCACAAGGAAUGUGGCUCUCCCUGCAGCAUCUUCUGCGCUGGAGGCCCACAAUAAUGGCAGAAGAAACAGGUCUCUGAAGCUACCCUGGGGUUAAAAAGCAGCACUCUGUCCUGGUUUGGGACACUACCUCCCAGGGGAGCUACUUGAAGCAUUCAAAGAAUCCCAAGAUACUGGUACAUCGCUAGCUUGUAAUUUUCUGCGAAAAGCAUUCUUCUGAUUGCCUGCUUUCCUUCGACCUCGUGCCAUUCUGGUGGUAUCCGCAGAUGUCAGCAUUUGAGGAGUCCACAUCCUAGACGUUCUUCAACUACAUCACUGGCCACCAAUGGCUCAGUGACUUCCUGUGACCUCUUGCUGACACUCAAGCGUGGUCUGCCCAGCGUGCGCUCCGCGGCUGCCCUGUACCACCGAAGUCCACGUGCUCCAGGCGCACGGGGACCAUCGGGGGAGAGGAAGGGGUUGCAGGAAGAGGAGGAGGAUACAGGAGGGCGCCCGCUCGCCCCAGCGUCUCCGCCACGGUGCCCCGGCCCCUCCCGAAGCUGCCGGCCCCGGCGCCCCCCCGCCGGCCCCCGGCUCCCGGCAUGGGCACGGCGCUGCUGCAGCGCGGGGGCUGCGCGCUGCUGUGCCUGGCGCUGCUCUUGCUGGGCUGCUGGGCCGAGCUGGGCAGCGGGCUGGAGUUCCCGGGCGCCGAGGGCCAGUGGACGCGCUUCCCCAAGUGGAACGCGUGCUGCGAGAGCGAGCUCAGCUUCGAGCUGAAGACGCGCGCCGCGCGCGGCCUGGUGCUCUACUUCGACGACGAGGGCUUCUGCGACUUCCUGGAGCUCGUGCUGACGCGCGGCGGCCGCCUGCAGCUCAGCUUCUCCAUCUUCUGCGCCGAGCCCGCCACGCUGCUGGCCGACACCCCGCUCAACGACGGCGCGUGGCACCGCGUGCGCCUGCGCCGCCAGUUCCGCAACACCACGCUGCUCAUCGACCGCGUGGAGGCGCGCUGGGUGGAGGUGCAGUCCAAGCGCCGCGACAUGACGGUCUUCAGCGGCCUCUUCGUGGGCGGGCUGCCGCCCGAGCUGCGGGCCGCCGCGCUCAAGCUCACGCGCGCCUCGGUGCGCGAGCACGCGCCCUUCCGGGGCUGGAUCCGCGAUCUGCGCGUGGACGCGGCUCGCACGCUGCCCGAGGACGGCGCGGAGGUGCGGCUGGACGACGACGAGCCCAGCGGCGGGGGGCCGUGCGAGGCCGAGGAGGGCGAGGGCGGCGUGUGCCUCAACGGCGGCGUGUGCUCCGUGGUGGACGACCGCGCCGUGUGUGACUGCUCGCGAACCGGCUUCCGCGGCGAGGACUGCAGCCAAGAAGACAACCAUGUGGAAGGUCUGGCGCACCUGAUGAUGGGCGACCAAGGAAAAGAAGAAUAUAUAGCCACUUUCAAGGGAUCUGAAUACUUCUGCUACGACUUGUCUCAAAACCCUAUUCAAAGCAGCAGCGAUGAAAUAACUCUGUCCUUUAAAACCCUUCAGAGGAAUGGACUGAUGCUUCACACUGGAAAAUCAGCUGAUUAUGUCAAUCUUGCCCUGAAAAAUGGAGCUGUCUCUCUGGUCAUUAAUUUGGGAUCAGGGGCCUUUGAAGCGCUAGUGGAGCCCGUGAAUGGAAAGUUUAAUGAUAAUGCCUGGCAUGAUGUGAAAGUCACCAGGAAUCUGCGUCAGCACUCAGGCAUUGGACACGCUAUGGUAAACAAACUACAUUGUUCGGUGACAAUAUCAGUGGAUGGGAUUCUUACCACAACGGGCUACACACAAGAAGAUUAUACCAUGCUGGGCUCUGAUGACUUUUUCUAUGUUGGAGGCAGUCCCAGCACAGCAGACCUUCCAGGGUCCCCAGUCAGUAACAACUUCAUGGGCUGUCUCAAAGAGGUUGUAUAUAAAAAUAAUGAUGUAAGGCUGGAAUUAUCACGACUCGCCAAGCAAGGUGAUCCUAAGAUGAAGAUCCAUGGAGUGGUGGCAUUUAAAUGUGAAAAUGUUGCAACUUUAGAUCCAAUCACCUUUGAAACCCCAGAGUCUUUCAUCUCUUUGCCAAAAUGGAAUGCAAAGAAAACAGGCUCCAUAUCCUUUGACUUUCGUACAACAGAGCCAAAUGGCCUGAUCUUGUUUAGCCACGGUAAGCCAAGACAUCAAAAAGAUGCCAAACAUCCACAGAUGAUAAAGGUGGACUUCUUCGCUAUUGAGAUGCUGGAUGGUCACCUCUACCUCCUCCUGGACAUGGGGUCAGGUACCAUCAAAAUAAAAGCCCUGCAGAAGAAAGUGAAUGAUGGAGAAUGGUAUCAUGUGGACUUCCAGAGAGACGGACGGUCAGGUACCAUUUCUGUCAACACACUGCGCACGCCCUACACAGCCCCUGGGGAGAGUGAGAUUCUGGACCUGGAUGAUGAGCUGUACCUGGGAGGCCUGCCUGAAAAUAAGGCUGGCCUGGUCUUCCCCACCGAGGUGUGGACGGCUCUGCUCAACUACGGCUACGUGGGCUGCAUCCGGGAUUUAUUCAUUGAUGGCCAGAGCAAAGACAUCCGGCAAAUGGCUGAAGUUCAAAGUACUGCUGGAGUGAAGCCCUCCUGCUCCAGGGAAACAGCAAAACCGUGCCUUAGCAAUCCUUGCAAAAAUAAUGGCAUGUGCAGGGAUGGGUGGAACAGAUAUGUCUGUGAUUGUUCUGGAACAGGCUACCUUGGCAGGUCCUGUGAGAGAGAGGCCACGGUUCUGAGCUACGACGGGAGCAUGUUUAUGAAAAUCCAGCUCCCGGUGGUGAUGCACACAGAGGCUGAGGACGUGUCCUUAAGGUUCCGAUCACAGCGUGCAUACGGCAUUCUGAUGGCCACCACAUCCAGGGACUCAGCGGACACCCUCCGGCUGGAGCUGGACGCGGGCCGCGUGAAACUGACGGUCAACCUAGAUUGUAUCAGGAUUAACUGUAAUUCCAGCAAAGGUCCCGAGACCCUUUUUGCUGGCUAUAACCUCAAUGAUAACGAAUGGCACACUGUGCGUGUGGUUCGUCGAGGAAAAAGUUUAAAACUAACGGUGGAUGAUCAACAGGCCAUGACAGGUCAAAUGGCAGGUGACCAUACAAGGCUGGAGUUCCAUAACAUAGAGACUGGUAUCAUCACAGAACGUCGAUAUCUGUCCUCAGUGCCCUCCAACUUCAUUGGACACCUACAGAGCCUGACAUUUAAUGGAAUGGCGUACAUUGACUUGUGUAAAAAUGGUGACAUAGAUUACUGUGAGCUCAAUGCCAGAUUUGGCUUUAGGAACAUCAUAGCAGACCCUGUCACCUUCAAGACCAAAUCGAGCUAUGUUGCCUUAGCUACAUUGCAAGCCUAUACUUCUAUGCAUCUUUUUUUCCAGUUCAAGACAACAUCUUUAGAUGGACUAAUUCUCUAUAAUAGUGGGGAUGGAAAUGACUUUAUUGUAGUUGAAUUAGUUAAAGGAUACUUACAUUAUGUGUUUGAUUUGGGAAAUGGUGCUAACCUCAUCAAAGGGAGCUCAAACAAACCACUCAACGACAAUCAGUGGCACAAUGUGAUGAUAUCAAGGGACACCAGCAAUCUCCAUACUGUAAAAAUUGACACAAAAAUCACGACGCAAAUCACUGCUGGAGCCAGGAACUUAGACCUCAAGAGUGACCUAUAUAUAGGAGGAGUGGCUAAAGAAACCUACAAAUCCUUGCCAAAACUCGUCCAUGCCAAGGAGGGCUUUCAAGGCUGCCUGGCAUCCGUGGACUUAAAUGGACGGCUCCCGGAUCUCAUCUCAGACGCCCUUUUCUGCAAUGGACAGAUUGAGAGGGGAUGUGAAGUUGCAUUGAUGAAAGCUGACUUGCAAGGUCCUAGCACGACCUGCCAAGAGGACUCGUGUUCCAAUCAGGGCGUGUGCUUGCAGCAGUGGGAUGGCUUCAGCUGUGACUGCAGCAUGACCUCCUUCAGUGGGCCUCUCUGCAAUGACCCUGGGACAACGUAUAUCUUUAGCAAAGGUGGUGGACAGAUCACAUAUAAGUGGCCUCCUAAUGACCGGCCAAGUACACGAGCAGACAGACUGGCUAUAGGGUUUAGCACUGUGCAGAAGGAAGCAGUUUUGGUGCGAGUGGACAGCUCUUCAGGCUUGGGUGACUACCUAGAGCUACAUAUACACCAAGGAAAAAUUGGAGUUAAAUUUAAUGUUGGGACAGAUGACAUCGCCAUCGAAGAGUCCAAUGCAAUCAUUAAUGAUGGGAAAUACCAUGUAGUGCGUUUCACGAGGAGUGGUGGCAAUGCCACCUUACAGGUGGACAGCUGGCCUGUGAUCGAGCGCUACCCGGCAGGAAACAAUGAUAACGAGCGCCUGGCGAUUGCUAGACAGCGAAUUCCAUAUCGACUUGGUCGAGUAGUUGAUGAGUGGCUACUCGACAAAGGGCGUCAGCUCACAAUCUUCAAUAGCCAAGCAACCAUAAUAAUUGGCGGGAAAGAGCAGGGCCAGCCCUUCCAGGGCCAGCUCUCUGGGCUUUACUACAAUGGCUUGAAAGUUCUGAAUAUGGCAGCCGAAAACGAUGCCAACAUCGCCAUAGUGGGAAAUGUGAGACUAGUUGGUGAAGUGCCUUCCUCUAUGACGACUGAGUCGACAGCCACCGCCAUGCAGUCAGAGAUGUCCACGUCAAUCAUGGAGACCACCACGACCCUGGCCACAAGCACUGCAAGAAGAGGAAGACCUCCAACGAAAGAACCCGUCAGCCAGACCACAGAUGACAUCCUCGUGGCCUCCGCAGAGUGUCCCAGCGAUGACGAGGACAUUGACCCGUGUGAGCCAAGCUCAGGUGGGUUAGCCAACCCAACCCGAGUGGGCGGGAGGGAGCCAUACCCUGGCUCUGCAGAAGUGAUCCGGGAGUCCAGCAGCACCACGGGCAUGGUCGUCGGGAUAGUGGCCGCAGCCGCCCUGUGCAUCCUCAUCCUCCUCUAUGCCAUGUACAAGUACAGGAACCGGGAUGAGGGCUCAUACCACGUGGAUGAGAGCCGAAACUACAUCAGUAACUCAGCACAGUCCAACGGGGCCGUGGUAAAGGAGAAGCAGCCCAGCAGCGCCAAGAGCGCCAACAAAAACAAGAAGAACAAGGAUAAAGAGUAUUAUGUCUGAUCCCGAGAUCUGAAAAAGACACUUGUAUAGAAAUAGUCAUCAUUUUACCUAAGACAUAAUAUAAACUUAUUUACUUUCCUUUUUAUGAAGCACAUACAAAAGAAGACAGGGAAUGCAAUCAGGAAGGAAAGACUGUUUUUAAAAAAACAAAAACAAAGCAAAACAAGUAUCUCAUGCUCUUGUUUCUCAAAAAACAAACAAGCAAACAAAAAACCAAAAAAACAACAACAACAACAACAAAAACACAGGGGCCAAUAAAUUCCCUAACAUCCGCAGUGUUUUCAUUUACUCUGCCUGUCUUUAUGUUGCUGGAACAUUUCUAAAAGACAGUGAUGACCGCACGCAUUCAUAAAGCAAAGGAGUAUUCCAAUAUCGAGGCACAACACAGAAACAACACAACACAUAACACAAAAAAGAAGCUACCUAUGAUCCUGGAUUUAGCCAAAGUGCUAGCGCUUUCCUGAGAAGUCAGUUAGUCUGAUUGCCAGAGAAGACUUGUCCUUGAGAGGGACUCAACCCGCAAACCUUUCAGAGUUUGCUGCCUGGUGCAAAUGGGACAGUGGUUGGAACUUGCGUUUCAUACAAGUGCUGGCUUUUUUGAAGACUUGUGUAGGAACACAUUCAAAAAGCCCCUUUCUGGUUGUGAGAAAAAAAAAAAAAUACGUAUGGAGGCCUUAUUUUCAAAUAUGUGAAAUAUAAGGCACAUUUUCACACUAAAAUUUCAAGACAAAAAUAAGAGGGCAUAGAUGCAAUCAUUGGGAAAUUUUCAUGCACGCUUACUAUGUUAUUACAUAUGUUUAUAUAAAACCCAUCUCUGUGUGCUUUCUGGACUGUGAUAAGUGACGUUUUAUAGCCUGUUGUAUAGAAAAUGCAAAAUAUAUCUCCGCUCUUCAGCCAUUUUUGGUAAACUCAAUGUUAUAAGUGUUGCUAAGUAUAGGGAGUUUUAUGACAUCAGAGCAACAAUUAUUUCAGUCAGAUUUUUUUGCCACCAUUAUAAAUUGCCACAAUUACUUACUUUUUUAAAAAAAAUUACAGUGUAGUGUUUAUUCUAAGAAAGAUAUGUAUGAAUGUAUAUAAAGACUCAGCUACUUUUUUUCUUACAUGUACAGCCUUCAUUCUGUUGCAGUUAAGUUUUAGUAUUUGUAUGAAAGGUGUGAAUUAGAAGGUAAAUAUAUACAUAUAUCUUAUAAUCUUUUCUCCCCUAAAUAUUCACAUCCCUACCUGUGUUCACCAUUUACAAACACACAUACAGACACACGCACAGACACACAUACCAUGAGGAAUCCAUCAGAUAGGAUGCAAGACCCAAACUGCACUUGAUCUUAGCCAAAAGGCCAAGAAGCAAUUGGAAGACCCAAAUUGAAAAGCAGGAAGGAAGAUAGUUGUGCCAAGCUGUAUGACAAACGUGGUGGUAUGCUUCACUGAGCUCCUGCUCCCGGGAGACCUGGAGGAGAUUUUAGUCCCUAAUGAAAUGGAACUUUUUCUUAUCAAAUACAAUAUCCCUGAUAUACUGCUGCAUGGAUGUGAACCAUUAUGUGGGCAGGUGAUGGAAGUAAAAUUGGUAAUCUACACCUUAACUCUACCUGCUGCAAUUGAAAAGUUGGUUUCCAAUAAAAUAAUAUAUAUAGUCUCUGACCUGAUGUGCAUGAUAAACCUUUUCGGAAAGUAAAUACUUUCUCAACUAAAAAGUAUUUUCAAUCAUUUUUGAUUAUGUAUUACUACCCAUUAAAGUUCUUCUUCUGUUUAUUUUUGACUAAAUUUUAACUUUUCUGGUUUACGUCUAUAUCAUUAAAUAUAGUUUUAGCUUAACAUGCAUUAAAUAGGAAGUACAGACGAUUCACUUGUUUUUGCAUAUUGUUUCAAUGAUGUUCAUAGCAAUAAAUUAUUAGUAUAAGAAGGUAAUGCAAUGAAAGAGCAUUAUUUGGAUGGAAGGUAAAAAUUGGUCACAUUACUUGAACAUCUCCUAAAAUAAUACUAGAUUUCAUACAAGACAAGACUACUUUUAGAGUUAGCUUUAAUCAGCAAGGGCAAAAAAUGCAAAACAUUUUCUGUGAUAUUUUAGUUGAUGGAAAAUGCCAACAAGUGGCCUGGAUUUCAGACUCAUAGCACCUUAGAAAUAUGAAUAAUUCAUAGCAAGUCACCACUAUCUAUGGUUGCCAAGUAAUUGUGUAAGAAGUUGUAAGGACUUUUUCAUGACCCAGAAAGUAGAUGAUAUAAAACUAAAAUUUAAUAUCCAUUACUUCUUUUUCAGGUUUUUAUCUCUUUUUAAUUUGCCAGGUUAAAGAAUUCACAAGUCUUUUUCCCCCUGACCUCUCUCAUUCAGUCCUACUCAGGGAAAGCCAGAGAAAUAAAAAGGGAAUAUAAAACCACUAAUUUACAGCUUAGGUUUAAAAAAAAUGAUUUCUCUUCCAUUUGCUGUAGUGAAUUUGAACGAAAAGACUCUAACAUAUUAUUUUAAAAAAUGCGUACUGUUAUAUCAGUGAGGCUUGAUGUUGGGAUUGAUUUCAAUGUUUCUUCCCAACAUAAGUUUUAAAAUUUCAUGCAAUGAUGUUAUCUAAUAUUGCCGGUAAAAUAUUUCUAAUGCUAUUGGCCUACUCAAAAAUCUAGCUGUUUUUCUUUUCCUGACUGGAGAAAGAAAAGAGAGGAAAAUGUGUUAGGGAGAGAAAAAGAUUAAUAAAAUCUGAGAAUCUUCAUACCAAAUGUAUCAGGGUUCAUGCAUAGUUUGUAAUGAAUAAAGGAUGUUACACUACCUGGCAUAAUUUUGAUGACAUCUCUAGACUGUAAAUUUUCUGAUUGAGUAUGCUUCUUUUUUAUCCAUGUAAUGUGUUGCCUUUAAAAAAAAAAAACAGACUACUAUAAUAAUGUGUGAGGUGGUCAGUCCCUAAAACAUCAAAGAAAGGCCACAUGAUCUUACCCUUCUAGUGCUUUGUGUGAUUGGGUAUCUAAGGGGUUUGUUUUGUUUUGUUUUUCUGUUGCAAGGCCAAUUUAUCCAUUAUUGGAAAUGCUAAGCAAGUGGAAUUUACUGUUUUGUUAAUAAAAUAUUUCUUAAUACAA